CUAUGGUCUCUGUGCUCGAAUCAUCUUUUUGUUGCUUAUUUUAUAUCAACGAACGACAACAACGAAAACAUUUCCUACCACUCUACCAAUACCAAAGCACCUAACCUUCUCUCUCUCGCUCCCUCUGAAAACACCUGAUGGGGCAACAGAGCUUGGCAGCGCCACUCUUGGACAGCCAUGGGUUGACCAAUAACAACAAGAAGAAGAGCUGCACGACAUGUGGAGCUCUUGGGCUCCUCCUUGCAUUUGUAGCCAUCAUCUGCCUUAUAUUUGGAGGGCACACAAAUGGGCGGGUACUGAUCAGAGGAGCAAACAAUUAUAAUGAGGGGAAAUUUAAAAUCAAUGAUUCUGAUAUUGUUGAGUCAGAGAAGGGAGUUGUUGCAGCUGAUGAUGCCAGAUGUUCUGAGGUUGGUGCUUCAAUACUUAGACAGGGUGGGCAUGCUGUUGAUGCUGCAGUGGCAACAGCAUUGUGCCUUGGCGUUGUUAAUUCGAUGGCAAGUGGGAUUGGAGGUGGGGGUUUCAUUCUUGUCCGAUCUUCAGCAACCUCCCAAACCCAAGCUUUUGAUUUGAGGGAGACUGCUCCUAUAGCUGCUUCACAGAAUAUGUACGAGACCAAUCCCAAAGCCAAGUUAGUAGGUGCAUUAUCAAUGGGAGUUCCUGGUGAGAUAGCUGGUCUCCAUGAAGCUUGGUUGCAACAUGGGCGAAUGGCAUGGAAGACUUUAUUUCAACCUGCCAUAAAACUAGCUAAAGAUGGAUAUGAAAUUGCUCCUUAUCUUGGAGGAUAUAUAAGUAGAUUAGGAGAUGAGAUUCUAAGUGACCCUGGCUUAAGGCAAGUGUUUGCACCAAAUGGGAAGUUGUUACAGACAGGUGAUACAUGCUACAAUGUAGAACUUGGCCAUAGCUUAGAGGCAGUGGCAGAACUUGGGCCACAAGCCUUCUAUAAUGGCAGUGUUGGUGAAAAACUAGUAAAGGAUGUGAGAGAGGCUGGUGGGAUCUUGACAAUGGAGGAUCUAAGGAAUUACAAGGUGAGUGUUGUGGAACCAGUGGCUGCUAAUGUGAUGGGCUACACUGUAUUUGGAAUGCCACCUCCUUCAAGUGGAACAUUGGGGCUUUCUUUGGUUCUGAACAUCUUCGACAGCUAUGGAACUUCAGACGCUGCAAAGGGAGAUCUUGGUUUACAUCGUCUGAUUGAAGCAUUGAAACACAUGUUUGCAGUCCGAAUGAACUUGGGGGAUCCUGCUUUCGUUGAUACAAGUAAAUAUGCAUCUGAUAUGCUUUCCCCAUCUUUUGCAAAGAAAAUUCAGCAGAAGAUAUUUGACAACACAACCUUCCCUCCAGAGUAUUAUUUGCAAAGGUGGAGCCAGCUCAGAGAUCAUGGAACAAGUCAUUUCUGUAUAGUAGAUGCAGAUAGAAAUGCAGUCUCAAUGACAAGCACUGUAAACUAUCCUUUUGGAGGCGGAGUGCUUUCUCCUUCUACUGGAAUUCUGCUCAACAAUGAGAUGGAUGACUUCUCAACUCCGACGGAGAUAUCCCCAGACCAUCUCCCCCCUGCUCCGGCAAAUUUUAUUGAACCAAACAAGAGACCUUUAUCCUCCAUGACUCCACUUAUUAUAAUGAAGGACAAUGAGUUGGCUGGAGUCAUAGGCGGUAGUGGCGGUAUGAACAUAAUUCCAGCAGUAACCCAGGUUUUUCUGAAUUACUUUGUCUUGAGGAUGGAUCCUUUAGCUGCAGUUCAAAGUCCAAGGAUCUACCACAAGCUGAUACCAAACGUAGUCUCCUACGAGAACUUGACUGUGAUAGACGGCGAUCACAUCGAGCUUUCGGAUGAAAAAAGGCUCUUCUUGCAAGAGCGGGGACAUCAGUUGGAGGCUAAGGCAGGGGGAGCCAUCACUCAGCUCAUUGUCCAAACCCUCCGAAAACCUGUUAACAUGGGCCGAAAAAGUGGACAAAAUUCUAAUAAACAAACAUUUCAUGGUACACUCACUGCUGUAAGCGAUCCUAGAAAGGAUGGGAAGCCUGCAGCUGUAUGAUUGCAAGUUGUCUGUAGAUUGCAAGUUGUCUGUAGAUUGCAAGUUGACUGUUUGAUGGAAUAUAGUCAGUCUUAUGUGCAGAUAUGUUCGUAAAUAGAAAUACACAUCAAUUGAGAAUGGUAUUGUUGGGUAACUUAAGUUGUGUUUACUAAGACAUAAUAUUAAUAUGAUCAAAGUGUUGCACGGUUUCAGCAAAA